UGUCUAGGCUCCGAGAUGUGUACUGCAGAGACUGCAGAGGCUUCUGUGGGCAUGCUCAGUACCACAGACCGCCUGAAGGAGGGUAAAAAGCUCCAAGGAAAAUGUCUCAGGAUCAUCUCCCCCGAGUCCCCUGCUAAGCUCUACUGCUGUUAUGCAGUGAUCGCCAUCCUCAGUGCAGCUGUAAUUGCACUGUCUGUUGCAUUGUCAGAAAACAAAGAACAAGUCUCAAUCAAAAAUACCUAUGCUGCUUGCCCAAGAGAUUGGAUUGGAUUUGGGAGUAAAUGUUUUUAUUUUUCUGAAAAUACAAGUAAUUGGACAUUCAGCCAGACCUUCUGCAUGGAACUGGAGGCCCAGCUAGCUCGAUUUGACAGCCUGGAGGAGCUGAAUUUCCUGAUGAGAUACAAAGGGACUUUUGACUACUGGAUUGGCCUGCGCAGGAACUCACCAGAGCACCCUUGGAGAUGGACAGACAACACUGAAUAUAACAGCUCGGUUCCCAUCCGAGGAGUGGAAGAACAUGCUUACCUGAACAACAAUGGCAUCAGCAGUGCCCGGGUCUAUGCAGACAGGAGAUGGAUCUGUAGCAAGCCCAACAGCUAUACCCUCCAAUGCCAAAUUCCGUUUUCUCCUUUCUAGUCUUUCCUAAGAGAUGCUUUGUAACCUGGUAUCUACAGUUGCUACUCUGUCGCCCAUUUGCCAACAUUGUUAUCAAAAGGAACUGUUAAUAUUUCUCCGCAUCACAAAUGAAACCCAUCUUGGAGAACUGUACACACAGGAGUUUAGAAGAACAUAGACGAGUCUAAAAUAGGUGUUGACACUCAUAUCUUAAGCCUAAAGUACAAUUAAUGUUAGUGAACCCCACUUUUAUGAUAUGAAGUUUUUGUGUAGACCGUC